GUCAUCCUUUUUCUCCCUUCCUUGUGUCUUUGAGCCUCCCAUACGCACUACGCACAAUCGAAAAACAAUCUGCAGAACAUACAGGCGAGGGGGAUCUCAUUCUGCUCCCUGUGAUACAGAAAGUGUGCUACGGGUCGCCUGCGGAAGAUGUCUGCGAUUGUCAAGACCAAGCUAAAGGCCGCGAGGGAUGCUCUUUCGAAGAAGGACUACGAGAAAGCCCGGGCAGCGGCCGGUGAUGUCCUUGAUUACGAGCCUGACAACUACAACGCGAUCGUCUUCCUCGGCCUGGCGUUGCUGGAACUUGGAGAUGUGGAGCAAAGCGAGCAAAUGUACCUGAAGGCUUUCAAGACGAAUCCAGACCAGCCCUUGGCCUUGCAAGGUCUCACUAAAUUGUAUGAGGCUUCUCAGAAAUGGGAUCAGUACGCCGAGUCUCUGGAAAAGCUCGUUCAUAUGUUCGCGAAAGCAAACGAUGCCGUCAAAUGUGCGGAGAAUUUACAGAAGCUAAUACAAUCACGGCGUGACCAGUACGGGUCCAUGGAGGUAGCAGAUGCGCUUAUGCUGCUGCUUCCCAGCUCUCCGUUCUAUUCCGUGUUGUCCACGCUGCCUCCACCAGACCCGACGAGCCCCGCAUCGACGACAACAUUUCUUGCCCAGUCCGCAAUCCAUGACUCCCUGCCUAUUUUCGAGGAAAUCGUCGGCAUUCUUGAAAAGAAUGAGGAAUCAGCCUUCGAUAAAGAAGUACAGAAGCGCAGGACGCGCCUCGGAGCAGCUGGUCCAGAACAGAUCAAGAGGGAUGUCGGACAGGAGAUAUGGGGGGCAUCGAAGCUUCCUGAGCUAUACCAAGAGAUCAUGAGCCAUCCGCAUGCUUCGGACGAGCUGCGGCGAGAAGCAGAAUCGAAGUUGUUGAAGCAUAAACAGCAGCUGUUGUUCGCCCUCCCGGCAUCCGAGACAUUUGCGGCACAGAAGGCGAAACUCGCUUCGGAGGUUCAGGAGCUCAUCAGCGGAAUUGUCCUCCUUCAGAUUCCCAACGAGCUGGCCUGGACGUUGUUCAUUGAGUCUAAGGACGCGAAGACGCUCUUGGAUUACGACACAUCUGUGCUGUCGCAGUUCGUGAAGAUGUUCGACUCCCCGUUAGCACAAAUGGUCCGGGCAUACUUCGACCUGGUUGAAAUACGACUGGAUGCUGAAGAUGAGGAUGGACAAAAGAAGCAACGGCGUGAAGAAUUCGGAGAGGCUUUAGUCAGCACGAUCCUGGACCUAUUUACCGAUGAUGUCCGCAACUCGGUACUUGCAAACCGUAUAGUAACUGAGGUAUAUCACCUUGAAGAAGACCAUGAGAACGCGAUCAAGGUUGCGGAGGAUGGGCUUGAGGUUACCAACGAGGAAGAGCGAAACCACGGGGUCAAAUUACCUCAGGUGAAACUUGCAUUCAAUGUGCUGCUCGCCAACGCCCUUGUGCAUUUCUUCCCACCCAAGCAUCAUGUUCGCGCUCGACACAUCAUCGAUGAAGUGUUAUCUGAAGAUUCUGAGAACAUACGCAGUCUCAUGGAUUACGGAUACAUUUUGCAGUACUCGAAGAAGUGGGGUGAGGCUAGUGAAGCAUUUAACAAGGUGGUGGAGCUCCUGCCGGAAGACCUGGACGACGGCCUGCGGGCAAAAGAAGAGCUUGCUUGGUCGAAAGCACAGGUCGCAGACCCAGACAGUGGUGUCCAGGAGCUGAAAGUUGUGCUCGAAGUGCUAGAUAACCUUGAGGGUCGAGAGUACGACCAGGCGCGGUGCUGGUGGCGCCUUGGGCAAUGUUACUGGAAGUUGGAAGACUCUGAGAGCCGCGAAGAAGCGUACAAGUGCUACAUCACCUCAUUGAAACGACUGUCCAACUUUGCUCCCGCGUUCACCUCGCUCGGCAUCUACUAUGCCGACUUCUGUUCGCCGCCGGAUCCAAAGCGCGCAUCCAAAUGCUUCCAAAAAGCGUUCGAGCUUGACCCGAGAGAGGCUGAGGCGGCACGUCGCUUGGCUGAAGGCUUUGCUGAGGAACGCGAAUGGGACCUGGUGGAGGUCGUAGCACGCCGAACUAUCGAAGGUGAAGGAGGGGUCGAGUCCGCUGCGACUACUAGAUACCAGCCACUGAACGCCUGGGCGUGGAAAGCCGUCGGAGUUGUAGAGCUGAACCGUGGCCGUUACCCUACCGCGAUCGACGCAUUCCAAAUCGCCCUCAGAAGCGAGCCCGAUGAUCAAAUGUCUUGGUUGCGUCUUGGAGAAGCCUACAGCAAGGCGUCACGCCUAGCCGCUGCACUUAAGGCACUUGGUCAUGCCCGGGAGCUGAAACCGGACGACUGGGUUUGCGCCUACUUCCUGGCCGAGGUCUACCGCCAGAUGGGCCAGUUUCAGCAAGCAAUCGACGCUUUCACGGAGAUCCUCAAGACACAGCCGUCGGAACUACGGGUGCUCUUGACCCUGGCGCAGACACACCUUGAGUUCGGUCGUGCGCAGAUGGUUGCUUCCUUCACCGCACGAGCCGAAGCCUCCUUCGUUGAGAGCAUUCGCGUCGUCCUCACGGUUGUCGACGUUAGCCCAGGAUUCCGGCGGAUUGCAUGGAAGACCGCCGCGGAUGCGCUGUACGAGCUCGCUAAGAUGUCUUUCCUGUCAGAUCCUGAGGUGGUGGCCUCGAUCGUGGAGCGCGUCGUGCCGCAUGUCAUAAAUAGACCAAAGGAUCAAGUCUUCGACCUGCUCUCGUCAUCCCCCGCAGUCGACGGUGCCUCUGCGUCUAAACUGUCUCAGUCGUUAUUAGAGGUGACACUGCAUGCUUACAGUUAUCGCAGCUCUCUCGGCUUCCUCGACGACGCCUCCGCAGGCAAUGGCUCCUACGAUCUUGCCGUCGUUCUUGCCACCUACUCGCGUCGUCUGGUGGGCAGUGGGAAGUACGAGGAGGUCCAUCAGGCUGCCGUGAGAUUCGUGAAGGACGCAAUUGGCUUUGACGCCUUGAACGACCGAUACUGGCACGCCCUUGGGGAUCUGUACUUCAUCAGCCACCCGAAAGCUGCACAGCAUGCUUACGUCAAAGCCCUCGAGCUUGACAACAAGAACUUUGUCACUUGGGCCAAUCUGGGCUUAUUCUAUCUGUAUCAUGACGACACUGAACUAGCCAAUGAAGCAUUCUACCGCGCGCAAGUGCUGAACCCCGACUAUACAUUGGCGUGGGUUGGUCAGGCAGUAGUGGCCGCGCGUAACGGUGAUCAUCGGCAUGAGCACGCUCUCUUCGAGCAUGCGAUAACGCUUCCCUCGGCUGUGGUACGUAGCCCGUCCGCUCACGAUAAGCUUUUGCCUAACCCGCGGCUGUUUGAUCGUCUAAAUGGUGGUCCAUACAAUGCGACUGCUUCGGAGGCCUUUACGCCGGCAUUUUUUGUAUUGGACCGAUUCUGCAGGCGGCAGCCACGGGACGCCAACGCCCUGCACCUCUUCGGACUUGUGUGCGAGCGCAUAGGUCACACCGAGCUCGCCAUUCGGGCCAUCGGGGAUGCCAUCGCGCUCCUGGAGGCGGCGUACGAAGAAAGCGAAGACCCUCAAAUCGAGCAGCAAUUCGCCAUCGCUCACACGAACGUGGGGCGGCUGCGCCUCUCAAUGGGCGAUUACGAGGCUGCCCUGGAGUCCUACGCAACGGUAACUGGCCUACUGGCUGAAGCAAAAGGCGGUGUCGCCACCGUACUCCUUACGCAAUCGCACCUUGGAUCUGGCAUUGCAAAUUAUAAAUCAGGCGCAGUGCAAGAAGCGGUCGAAUCGUUUGAGUCUGCGCUGGCAGGCGCGGGAGAUAGCGCGCAGCUACGCGGCCAUGCAGCGGUUCUUCUGUCACAGGCCCUGUGGGCCUUGGGCACGAACGACGGCCGCGAGGCCGCGAAUACGCAGCUGCUCCAGAGGUGCGUGUCAUAAGCGGUCCAUGCACGCAU